CAAUCUCCAGUCGUUUUUUCUCUCACAACCGCAAAGCCAAACACCAAGCUCCACACACAGAUAUGGACAACAUCUGCGGAAAGGAUCUUUUCUCGCCAAAUAUGGUCCCCCUCAACAUGAUACGCCAAUCCGUGCUGACGGUGACACCCAAGCGGAGGACGACGGCGGAAAGGACCUUUGCUCGCCAAAGAUGCAUGGUUCCCCUCGAUCCCUAUACGUCUCCACUUUUGCAAAUUGUAGCAAGGCUGAUCUUGAUUAUAUUCCUUUCGGCUGGGGCCCUCCUGUUCUUCCUGGUGAAUGUUUGUUUUGUUUAAAGGUGGAUGAGCAUCCUCCUUCAGUCUGCCCUUAUAGGAAACGUGUCCCAAAGAAUGCAACAGUUGGCAGUGGUGGCGAUAUAGUUUGUUCGGUUUGUCAUAGGUUCUUUCGAGGCAGCUGUUGUGGCCAAGAUGCUUUCAAGGUGUGUUGUAUUUGUGGGAAGAUUGGUGACCACUGGUCUACAGUGUGCCCAAGUCCACUCCGCCAGGAGAAAGAUAUUUCUUUUAAUAAUGACCUUCAUAGCUAUUAUCCGGUUAAUAAAGAAAGUUUGGCCCCUCAAUAAGGUCUGAGGUUUGCUUUG